AUGUUGGAAGGUAAAAAUAAACUCAUUGGACUUGUUCUCACUUCGAUAACAUUUGCUUUUGCAAUAUCUGCCACUAUAAUAUCAUUAAUAGUUUCAAUAACUCUGAUUUAUAAUUGGUGUCGUGCUCGUAUACAACAAAAUGAGAAAAUAACAAUUUAUCUUUGUAUUCAUAUCUAUUUAUCGAUAUUUACAUCGACAUCAAUGACAUCAGCAACGAAUAUUCAAACAUUGUUCGGUGAUUUACUAGGUCAAUCAUUCGAUUCACCAUGGUGUAUAUUUUCAGGAUAUUUUGCUUUACUCCAAGUUUCCACAAUGUAUGUAUCAUUCGUAAAUCAGGCAUUCUAUCGCUUAGUGCGAAUUCUUUAUCCUCAAAGUCAAUAUUUUCGUUCAAUAAAAUUCUAUAUCAUUCUCCCUAUAGUUGAAUAUAUAUGCACAAUUGGUAUUCAAUGUGUUAUUAUACCUUGGAAUGGAGUUAUCUAUUUAAUUAACGAUUAUUUUUGUUAUGUUUCAUUUACAAACAUACCCGCGCUCAUCUGGACAGCAAUUUUUGCGUAUCUAGUUCCGUGUUCGUGCACGUUAAUGAUUUACUUACGAAUAACAAUGUUUCUUCGAAAUCAAGCAAAUAAUUUAGCAGCAGUGACUCGUCAAAGACAACGUCGAGAUUUUCUGAUUGUUCAACGAAUUUUAAUCAUAAUGACUUUGUUGAUUACUUUAGGAAUGCCAACUAUGUUCUUUAUUUUGAGAUUUGCGGUGACAGGCGAUUAUCAUCCUUUGACACUUCGUGUUUCAUGUUUACCAGUUGCAAUCUCAAUGGCAAGUUUGAAUAUCGUCUUGAUAUUUUCUAUUCCUCAAUUGAAAAGUAUUAUUAGAAAAUUAUUGACGCAAAAUCAAGUAGUAGCAAUUAGUGCUCGUGUAAUUACAAGAAUGCAAAUGAGAACUAUUCAUGCUAAUAAUUGA